AUGUCAUUGGUAAGCUUCUCCGGAGAAGUGGUUCAACUGAUCGGGCAGAUCACGUUACCAACAACAUUGGGUACCGGAAGUCCGGCCAGAACUGUAAAUCUAACAUACUUGGUGGUCGGUGCAAGGUCCGUGCACAAUGUCAUACUGGGGAGACCAGGAAUGUGUGCAUUCGGUAUUAUCAGUUCAACCAUUCACGGAUCAUUGAAGUUUCCCACCGAAGCCUGUAUCGCAACCUUGCAUUCCGAAUCAACCAUAUGCGUCGCCGAAAUACGACAAAGUGAGGGAAACGGUGCGCAACCUCCGGCAUUACUUACCGAGGAAUGGGCUAUCCAUCCGGACUUUCCGGAGCAAAAGAUCGUCAUCGGUGCACAACUCCCGGAACGAACUAAAAGGCUUCGGAGUAUCAAUCUCAAGCUAAAUCCAAAAAAGUGUUCGUUCGGCCUAGAAGAGGGAAAAUUCUAUGGAGUGUGGAUAACCCAAUCUGGAAUUCAAGCUCAUCCGGAUAAAGUCCAGGCUGUGGUCUCCAUGCAACCUCCAAAGACAGUAAAGGAAAUUCAAUCUCUGAACGGUAAACUAGUGGUAUUGCACCACUUCAUCUCCAAAGCGGCCGACCGCACCAUCCCUUUCAUGAACGUCUUAAAAAAGAGCACAGGAGAAACGGUCACUGUAUAUUUGUCCGCCUCUCAUUUCGCCAUCAGUGCGGUGCUCGUUGUGCACCGAAAUCAAGCUCAAAUUCCGGUAUACUACGUAAGCCGUGUCCUAAAAGAUUAUGAAACCAGAUAUCCGAUAAUAGAAAAGUUGGCACUCGUAUUGGUGCACGCAUCAAGGCGUCUCCGAAGGUACUUCCAAGCCUUUAACAUAGAAGUGCAGACCAACCUCCAGAUUCAGCAGAUUAUAAGAAAACCGGAGGUCUCCGGACGUCUUACAAAGUGGGCUAUAGAACUCAGUGCUUUCGACAUCACCUACCGAACAAGAGGUCCGGUUAAAGGCCAAGUGGUAGCAGAUUUCCUUACCGAGGUUUUUGCCGAAGAAAGCACUAAAGAAAAACCCGUCCUCUCAAAAGUUUGGAACUUGUAUACGGACGGAGCUUCCAGUAAAGAAGAAGCUGGAGUUGGUCUAAUUCUGAUAGAUCCAGAAGGGAUAGAGUACACCUAUGCCCUGCGUUUUGAAUUCAAAACAUCGAACAACGAAACGGAAUACGAGGCACUCCUAGCCGGACUCCAAACCGCUGCAAAAGCCGGGGCAAGCUCCGUCCUGGCUCAUGUCGAUUCAUUGUUGGUUGCCAAUCAAGUUAACGGAGAAUACGAGGCACGUGAAGAAAAUAUGAUCCGGUACCUGAACCAGGUAAACAGUCUGAUGGCCACGUUUGAUUCAUGCAAAAUCGUUCACAUUCCGAGGAGCAAGAACAAAAAAGCCGAUGCUUUAAGCAAGUUGGCUUCAGUCACGUUCUGCCACUCGUCCAAAGAGGUCUUAGUUGAAACUUUGCAAGCUCUGGCAAUCAGUCUAGGUGAAGCCGUAAUGUCGAUCACCGUGCAAGAAAAAUCGUGGAUAACACCAAUUUUCGAUUAUCUGGAAAAUGGUAAACUUCCGGAAGAUAAGGCUCAUGCACGAAAGAUAAAGGUCAAAGCACUCCAUUACCAAGUCCAUGAUGGAAAGCUUUACCGAAAGACAUUCUUGGGUCCCCUUCUGAGAUGCUUAACACUGUAA